AUGUGGUUCUCCAUUGGCGGUGGCAGCAACCUCUUCUCUCCUCCUUCCAAGGACUGGCUCCAGAAUGCUCUCUCAGACCCUGAAGGGCUAGGCUGGGGGGGUGAGGGACAAGGUGCUGCAGAGAAGGUGCUGAAGAUGUGCCCAGCAGAGGAGGAAGACAAGGAAGAAGAGUGUGCUCUGCUCUCUCUCCUGGACAGAGGAAAACUGGAGGAGACCCUGGGGCCUGACUUAGAGGCAGGUGUUUCCACCCAAGUGCCCCAAGGAGAUGGGCGGGAGCUAGAAGACAUCAAAACCAGGCUACAGAAAAUAGAGGAGGCCCAUGAGAGACAGGAGCUCAAAGGUAUACCCUUCCAAGGGACACCCAUUGAGAAGUUACAGGCUGAUCACAGAUCUGUCUACGUAGGCAAUGUGGAUUACAGUAGCACGGCUGAGGAACUGGAGUCCCUCUUCAACUGCUGUGGUGAAAUCAACAGGGUCACCAUCCUCUGUGACAAGUACUCUGGACACCCCAAGGGCUAUGCCUACAUUGAAUUUGCCUAUGAGGAUUCAGUGAAGACUGCUAUGGAUCUGGAUGAAACCACCUUUAGAGGCCGCAUAAUCAGGGUUCUGCCCAAAAGGACCAAUCUUCCUGGGAUCAGCACUACAGACCGAGGGGGCCUGCGGGCUCGACAUUCUGGCAGAGGAGGCCCUCCCCAUCGGUAUGGUCUUUAUAUUGGGGAGCGAUCAAGGCCAAGGUGGAGAAGUCACAGGGGGCAUGGAAGAUUCUCCCAGUGGUUUGAGCCAUACUAAAGCGUCGGACCAGUGAUCUGAGCUAUGAAGAAAACAGGAUGACUGAGAUCUGGGACCAUCUUAACUACAUAACCAGUGUGCUCAGCUGGGAUUCAGUGGGGGUGGGGGUGGCAUAGAAUAAAGCUGGUCCAGAGUACAGUGCAACCAAAACACAUGGCCAGCCUGUCAGGCAAAACCCUGUGGCUAAAUUACAGACCUAUAAGAGGCCUCAGGUUGGGGGCAUGUGAAGCUCUUUCCUUUUUUGUUUCCCCCUCUGUCUAGAGACAGAUCAGUCCAUGUUAUCAUGGAGGCAUGUGGACUCCCUGAUGGCCAGGGCUCUUAGAGCUAGUCUGGUCUUAGACCUCUGGUCUUUUGGCCUCUUGGACCAAGGCUGGCAGGACAUUUUCAGCCAAAGCCUUGAAGCAUUACGAUACUAAAUCAAGGUAUCUGGCUUUCAGGCCUCUGGCCAACCUCACCCUGACCCUUUUCCAUUUUGAUAGCACCAUGACUUUAGUUUGCGAUUGUACACGGGGUGAUCAUCAGUGCAGGGUGGGGGCAGUGGGGGAGGAAGGGACAGGAUGAAGCUUUAACCUAGCAUGGCUUAUGGUUCAAGUUAA